AUGUUGAUAUGUGAAUGUUUCCUGUUUCAGUCUCACACGAUCCUGCUGGUUCAGCCGGGGAAGCCGGACACAAGGACCUAUUCUGACUUCGAGUCCGUCAAUGAGUGCAUGGAAGGCGUGUGCCACCUGUUCGAGGACCACCUGAAGCGGCAGAACCCCAACACCGCAUCCAUCACCUACGACAUCAGCCAACUCUUCGACUUCAUUGACCGACUCGAUGACCUCAGCUGUCUGGUGUUCCAGAAGUCCACCUACACGUAUGCCCCCUACAACAAGGACUGGAUCAAGGAGAAGAUCUACAUCCUGCUCCGAAGACAAGCCACCAAGAAUCCCUGAAUCUCAUCCCUCAUUUGUGACGUGAAACGUUUUUUUCAUUCCUGUAAGAUUUUUUAUUUGGUGGGCAUUUUCCCUUUCAUGUGAAUAUACACCAAAGUUGCAUAAAGUGUUUG